AUGGAUCAGCACAUCGUCUUGAAAGAGAUAAGAGAAAGCAAGAACAACUGCGAGGCGUUCUUUGAGCGGCACUUUAGGGGGCUCCUACCACAUGGGAGAGGGGUCGGACAUGAUGAGGGGCACACUACAGAAGAAUCGAAGGAAUUAGAAAAAAGAGUGCACUCUUUGAGGGAAGCGGUGAAAGUGGAGAAGGAAUACAUAGAUGGGGAAAUAAACACCGAGGCGGAAAAGUACAGGGAGAUGGUGAUCGAAAUGAGGACACAUAUUGACGGUAUGCAGCUCGAAAUGGGGAAACUAUUCAGUAACAUAGACGUGGCAGAUCGGAAGGUGACUGCGGGGGAGAGUCAGCUGGAUGGGGGUGUACAAACCGGGGGGGAUAAUAAUUACAAAAGUGCUACCCCGUUCCGUAGCGAUAGGGGUAGCAGUGGGAAGGUAGACCUCAGCCGCCACUGUGGAGAAGGCCCCCAUGAGGAAGCGCACAAAACGGACGAGACGGACGAAACGGACGAAGCGAACGAAAUGGAUGAAGCGCACAAAACGGAGGAAGCGAACGAACUGGAGAGCCUCCUCAGAAAAAGCAUCGACGCGAAGAGCAGACUGGAGAAUAUCAAAAGAGGACUGCUCUUCCUGAAGGCAUUCCCAUCCUUAAAAAAAACCAUGAACGAAUUAUUCUUAAUCGUAAAAAAUGUGCAGCUCGAUAUAAAAGAAAAGAUACACAAGGCAAUCAUUUUACACUCCAAUAUGCUCUACAUAAAUGAGCAUGAAGAGAUUAUUUCUUAUUUUAAAAUAUAUUUAUCUUCCAUCGAUGUGUGUAUAUAUAGUGCCGAAUUUUUUGAAGAAUUUUUUGCCCUGCUAAACAGCAUCCUGUCAUUUUUUCUAACUGAUACUUCUUCCCAAGUCGACUUAAACAGAAUAGUACACAUUUAUGUCCAGACAUUCCGCACUUACUUAAAAUUUAUUCACAUGUAUGUCUACAGGGAGGGGUACAUCAUUGAGGAGAUUACAAAAAAGAUUGUUCACUUUAUCGUGUCAAAUUUUCGGAAGACUUUUUUGAAAUUCACCCAAUCCGAGUCGGGGACAGCUGUGCACAAUGCGGUCAUAAACUACUAUGAGUACUUCACGACGUUAAUUGAGGAGAACCAAGCGGCCAUGCGACGCGUCGUUCGGCAGCUCUGUGAGGAGGUUUCAGCAGUUAGCGAGGUAGGCGGUGAAGGUGGCAAACGCGGCCAACAGGGCCAUCUGGACCACCACGAACAAUCCUUCCUGGUGCGGCUCUACAAGGAGGCCAUCCAGGUCGUGGGCCCAAUGAUAGCCGAGCAGACAAAGCAACUGCGCGACGAAAAGUCUGGGGCGAGCAAACGGAAAGGGGCAGCAACGCACAGAAUUAUGGACGCGCUCAGCGUCAGCGUGAACAUACUCUCCAACUCGCCGUUCCUCAUCGGAGAAAAAAACAUGUUAAGUAGAAUACUAAACGAGGCGAUUUUCAUGAGCGACGAUGUUAUGGCAGAACAUGUAGCAUACCUCAGUGACGCAUCCCAUUUUGACAUGCAUUGCUUCGAAGAGAUAAACACAAAAGUGAGCACAUUCGACCGAAAUGACCUCAUGACGGAGAAUAAGCUUCACACUUUUUUUACCCAAUUGGAACAGGACAUCACCAAAAUAAUUGAAAAAAAAAAAAAAGAAAUAAAUACAAAGGAGAUAUUCAAUUCGCCUUUCUUCAAAUUUCUCCCAUUUUUUUCAUUCACGUUUAAUCACGACACGGAAUUUCUUCUCCUCUUCAUUAAUGUGUACAAUUUUGUGUAUGAAAUUAUUUACAACAUGAAAGAUCAAAUACGAAGGAAGGAGAAAAAUGAAAAAAGAAAAAGGAUAAGCUUCCCACGCAUCCCUCAUGAUGAUGAUCAGUCUCGCUACCUCUGCAUCAAAGAGGAGUUGGACUCCUCCAAUGAACUCAUCCAGUACGUCAAAACGGCCAUGACGAUUUUUAUUCAGAUCGUCAACACGUUUGUUAAUAUUACCAAAUUGUAUGAAUCCUUUGGGAAGUUCCUUUUUGAGAGAACGCAUGUCCACUUUACGAGCAGAAGUCUGCUGAACGUCAUUUCCAGGAAUUACCUGAACAGACAGGGCAAGUACCCUGCCGGGGUUGACCCCAACAUUGAGCACAUCCACGCCUAUUUCGAGAAAGGAGUCUUUCCAAGGAGAGUUCCUUUGAAAGGCGGCGACGCCAGAGAGUCCACUGUGGCGGGAGGGCGGCGUCAAAGGGGGGCAGCAGAGCAGCACAGAACAUGGUCAGCGGAGGAAUACACAUCUCCAGAAGCGCAGCACACAACAGCGGCAACAGAGCAGGAAGCUUUCGCCCCAGGUGAUGAACAACCCCACCGUAAGAUCCAGGUCGAGGUCGACGCGGAGGAAGAGCUGCUCCACCUGGACGAGCACGAGUGCGGGAAACAUCUGCUGAAGUCAUCCCUGGGAAAAUUAAACGACAUAAAAAAUACCAUUAUAAAAAAUGUCAUUCAUUUGGCGUUAAUCCCACUGUACGAUUACACAAAUAAGUACACCGCCAAGAUGGAUGCCCUCCUGAAGGAAGACAAAGUGGAGACGUCUGACCCGGAGGAAAACAUCUGUUUCAUCGUAGAAACGAUAUUCCUGUACAUUCACACAUUCCAUGAGCACGGGAGUCAAUACUUAACGGAUCUUCUAUUCGACCAAAUUGCAGACAUGUUUCUCUCCUCCGUAGGUAGUAUGUCCCACCUGAAUGAAACUCUCCUCCGGCAGCUGCAGGCAGACACAGAAUAUUUCUUAAACGUUUGCAAACGAUUGAAAGUGAGGAAUUACAAACCUUUUCUUUUGUUCAGCUGCUCGCUUUCUUUUGUUCUCACGCGAGGGAACCGAGAGGGAAACCUCGACAAUGCUUCAAAUCUGCGCGUCGAGGUGCAAGCCUACCUCAGCGACUGGGUGAAGCGGGAGGGGCAGGAAGAGGAGCAACAGGAGAAGCAGCAGGAGCAGCAGCAGGGAAGCGUCCACCCUUUUGGCAUAACGACUGAUGACGCUGUCACUGCGGAGGCGCAUGUCACGCGGCUCCUGUCCCGCCUGCAGUGA